UUCAAAAAUUAAAAAGAUUUUUAACUUGUAAAAAAUGUUACGAGAGUGAAAAAAAGCUUCGAGAUUACAUACGUAAAAAACCAAUAAUUUGGCCAGAAGACAAUAAAUCAAAUACACAUGACUUUUUUAAAGAUACAAUACCAAAAUGUUUUUUAUGCUCUUCUUAUGGGAGAUGUAUUCGACAUUUUAUUAAGGAUUGUCCAAAACAACAAGAAUACAAAGAUCUUUC